CACUCCCUGUCCCACUACCCACUCUGCCCCUUUGACUACUACAUAUACUACUGCCCAGCUCCAGGAUAGGUAACAGCCUUGCUCAGACCACUCUUCUCGAACCCCUGUACUCUUCCAGGACCUGGGCCCUGCCUCGUCCCUCUUUGCCCCCCUCCUCUGACUAUCAUAUGACCGUGACCAUGGCUGACAUCAACAACGGUUAUGAACAGAAGUUCCAGAUGGACAGACAUCAUAAAGAGAUUGACCUGAUCAACAGAGACCCCAAGCAAGUCAACGAGGAUGUAGUGAAGGUGGACUUUGAGGACGUGAUCGCUGAGCCUGACGGGACUCACAGUCUGGACGGGGUGUGGAAGGCCAGUUACACCACCUUCACUGUGUCCAAAUACUGGUGCUACCGUAUCCUGUCUGCCAUUUUGGGGAUCCCCAUGGCUCUACUGUGGGGCUUCCUAUUUGCCUGCCUUUCCUUCUGCCACAUCUGGGCUGUGGUGCCUUGCAUUAAGAGCUGCAUGAUAGAGUCCCAGUGUUUCAGCCGUAUCUACUCCCUGGCCAUACACAUCUUCUGCGACCCGCUAUUUGAAGCCCUGGGAAAGAUAUUCUCAAGUGUUCGGGUGGUGCUACAGAAGGAUGUGUAAGGUUCAGAAGCAUGGGCCAGAUUAAGAUUUGGAUAGGGUAGUGAUGGUGCUGCACGGUCUACUCUCCACCCUAAAGUAGGCUACUUCCCUGGCCUCAUGUCUGAUUGCUGAUGCUGGGUCUGACUCAUUUUCCAAAAAGAGCUUGUGAUUGAUAGAGAUUAGUGUGUUCAAUCAGAAGAGAAAAAGAAUAGUGCUCUUAAUUUGAUCUCUCUUUUGUUGCUGAGAAUUGCACACUUUUAGUGUAUUCAAGGUUUAAAAUGCCUUCUAAAGUUUUUAAUUUCCACU